UAACAAAGAUGGUGGAAUUUGGGCAUCGUUAAAGAGGCUUUUUAAUCUGUUUUAUAGUAUUUUAUUACACAAAUGAGUUAAAAGCAAACUCUUUUUGUGGUGUUUUGUCUCUAUUUAAUAAUUUGGUGAGCUUUCAAUUGCAAGUGCCUGUCAUAAAAGGAAUCAUGUCCUCUGAAGAUGAAAAGCCUCCAGCUCCCCCUGUCCGUUUAACUUCUAAUAGGGGGACAGAUUUGGCUAAUAGUUCUAUAGCAGUUGAUAGACCAUUGCCCAAAGAACCCGAGGAUGCAGAUCGGAAGAAGAAAGCACUUAAAUCUAAGAAAACACUCAAACAUUCUACCUAUUGCGAUAAGCCUGAAAUCUCAUAUCCCACAAAUUUUGAACAUACAGUACAUGUGGGUUUUGAUCCGAUAUCUGGGGAGUUCACAGGUAUGCCAGAGGCUUGGUCCAAACUGCUCAUGAACUCAAAUAUCAGUAAACAAGAACAAAAAAAUAAUCCGCAAGCAGUUCUUGAUGUUCUGAAUUGGUAUGACAAUACUUCAAAGGAGCCCCCAACAACAAAAUACAUGACUAAAGCCACAGCUACAAAUUCAGGUUCGUCAUUGAGUCGAGUAUCUAGCUCAAGUCCCAGUAGUACAACACCAACUGAGGCUGAAGCAGGUAGCCAGAACUUGUAUCACAGUCCUGUUCAUGCAGUAAGUUCAGAAAUCGAAGAUGAAGCACCACCUCCUCCAAUUGCAAGUAGGCCAGAACGUACGAAAAGUAUAUACACCAAGCCUUUACAAGAGGAACAGAAUAAUACGAAUAGUGUCAGUACACCAACUCAUAGUUUGAGUCCAGCACAUAUUACUGGACCUCAAACAGUUAACACCAAUUCAACAACUAGUGCACCAGUUUUGGAUAGAAACAAGAAUCAAGCUGGAUCUGAGAUGUCCAGGGCUGCUUCAGAAAAGAGAAAGAAAAAGAUGUCUGACGAGGAGAUAUUAGAAAAGCUUAGGAGCAUUGUAUCUGUAGGAGAUCCUAAUAGGAAGUAUAAUAAAAUUGAUAAAAUUGGACAAGGUGCCUCUGGUGUGGUUUACACUGCAAUUGAAAGCUCAACUGGGAUGGAAGUAGCGAUUAAACAGAUGAAUCUAUCCCAGCAACCCAAAAAAGAACUGAUCAUUAAUGAAAUUCUAGUCAUGAGAGAAAACAAACACGGGAAUGUUGUUAAUUAUCUAGAUAGUUAUUUAGUAAACGAGGAACUCUGGGUGGUGAUGGAAUAUUUACCAGGUGGUUCCCUGACUGACGUAGUGACAGAAACUUGUAUGGAUGAAGGUCAAAUUGCGGCUGUGUGUCGGGAAGUAUUACAAGCGUUAGAUUUUUUGCAUUCGAAUCAAGUUAUCCACAGAGAUAUCAAGUCUGACAAUAUACUACUUGGUUUAGACGGUUCGGUUAAGUUGACUGAUUUUGGUUUUUGCGCCCAAAUCAGUCCCGAACAAACCAAAAGAACAACAAUGGUUGGUACUCCAUAUUGGAUGGCCCCAGAAGUAGUUACUAGGAAGCAAUAUGGUCCCAAGGUUGAUGUAUGGUCAUUGGGUAUAAUGGCAAUCGAAAUGAUUGAAGGAGAACCGCCAUAUCUUAAUGAAAAUCCUUUGAGAGCACUGUAUCUUAUUGCAACCAAUGGUAAACCAGACAUAAAAGACAAAGACAAACUCUCUCCUGCCUUUCAGGAUUUUUUAGACAAAUGUUUAGAAGUAGAUGUAGACAAGAGGGCUUCGGCAAAAGAUUUACUGAAACAUCCUUUUUUGAAAAUAAGCCGACCCUUGGCCAGUCUAACGCCACUAAUUUUGGCAGCCAAAGAUGCCACGAAGCAGCACUAGCUUUAAACGAAAGCUUGAAGAACAGUUGUAUUAUAUGUGACAAACUAUUAAACCCAUGUUACUAGAAAUGCAUAGUCUAUAAAGGAGUCCGUAUGUAAUAUAGUCGUGUUUUAUAUAUAUGAUAUAAAUAUAAAUGAAUAUAUAUUUUCUCUUCUUGCAAUUCUAGUUAUAUGGGUAGAUGUAGGUAGCAUUUUACUUUUUUUGUGAGACAAGCAUUUAGAUAGAGUAAGUUUGUACGAGUUAUAUACUGUAAAUCACAGGAGCAGUGUGCCUAAUCCAAGAUGAUAAGAUUUUAUGUAAGUUUUGAUAUUUUCGAGAAAUAUCUUGAUUAAUACUUGGACCAGAGAUAGGAUUUUGGGAUGCAUUAAUUAUUCAGGAAUUUUAUGGAUCUUAAUAUUUUACUUAGGAUGGGAUUCGCAACUAUUUUUAUUUA